CUGGUCGCCUCAGAUCAGAACACUUCAUAUGCGUGGUGAAUUACCACAGUUUUCUGUUCUGCCUGGGUUAUGUGGAUCUGUAAGUAUUGGACUACAGCUGAACUAGUGUUAUGGGUGUGACAUUUCGUUGAAGUCUGAUUUAUCAGUUUGGAGAUUCAACUUUCAACUAAAGCAUCACUUGGACCUGAGGAAGUGGGGUUAUUUGUUUCCGUAUACAGUUUAAUAUUUACAAGAAAGGACUUACAUGGGUUUCAACUAUAUAAUCUUUUAAUGUGACGCGUCAAUUCAGAAACCAGUACGAGUUUAUCAAUCUUAAUCUUUGUUUGACUUCCUGAAACUGGAGCUCUUUGAGGAUUUGAUCGAUCGUGAUGACUGUAUAUCAGAAUCGCGUGCCCACAGCUAAAUUAAUUCGUUUUCAAAGAUUACAAGAUAUCUUCUAUUGCGGAUGUGUGUUAUGGAGAACCUGCACAACCAUUAGGCAGGUCGGGCUAUAGAUUUUAAGAUGUUCGUUCCACAAUGUGCUUUGAAAUAGCCGUGCUACUACAGAAGACACAAGCCAUGACGUGACAACACUCUUCCACAAACCAACAGAUAGGAAGCAACAGUUCACAAUUCAUAUUAAUCAUGAAAAACAUGCAGUUGCAACAAAGACGUCGACACUACAUUUACAUAUUUGCACUUGAAAGGACAUUCUUCACUUCAUUGAUCCACGGGCAUAGUGACACCACCGUAUAAAUUGAGAUUCUUGGAGUUUCAAAAGUCGUCUUCCACCUUUCUUGUGACUAUUGUCAGCCAUAAUCACAAACUGACCGCCGAUCAAACAAGAUCACCUGGGUAUCGACUGUACCCGGGUCAAACGGACCAACACGCAAUAUUAGGAUCAAGCUGUGAUCAAUAAGACUGAUCCAGUAGAUAUUGUCGUCUGCUCAGCACGUGCUGUGACGUCUGCUCGCUGUCGUCUACGGUGUAAUCAUGUGGGGGACAUUCUACCAGUAUCGUGAUCGCAAUUUAUGGAGGAUUUCUGAUCUGUAAAGCUUUGUAUCAAGCUUAGGACACUGAAUGAGGGACGAGAGAGUUAUCUGAAUAUUUAUUUGACCCCCGGGGCAGACGAGCAAGGGACACUAUGGGGGCGGAAGGCCCUGAAAGACGGUGCCAACCUGGAGGCCAUUUCAGAGGAUCCUGGUAAGGACCAGGGAUCUCCCAAGUCCAUCUUGAAGAAUCCCAAAGAGGACCCGGACCGGAACAUGGAAAGUCCCACCUCAGAGGCUUCCUUGGCUGAGACGGUUGCCCGGAUGAUGGUUCGGGAGAAGACGUUCUUGACGGAACUUGGCGAGGGGAGGACGGAGAGCAGACGGGGCAGCGACUUUGACGGAUCAGGGAGUAGCGGUGACGAAGACGACGACGACUUUGUUGAUGACGUCAGCGACUACGACGAGAACCAUAACAGUGACUUUCGGCGACGUGGCCGGAGGAAAUCAGUGCCCUUUGAGUUUGAUAUUGACGCUGAUUUCAAUUUCGAUCAAGACGACGAAGAGGAUAUUCGGCGUCGCUCCAAGAAGCGGAAGAUAACAACCGACAUGGUGUACUCCAAGGCGUGCGAGAACUGUCGUCUGCCCCCCUGCGGGGCCUUCAGGGAACAGGCGACGAAAGUCUCCGUCUGUCUCCGGGGUAUGCAUCUUGGGCCAAAAGAGAUCAAGCCCAUAGCUAUAUCGUUAGUGAAAGACCGGACGAUCGUGGUGCUCGACCUGUCGGACAACAACAUGGGUCCCGUGGGGGUGAUGUACAUAGCGGAGAUGAUGCAGGCCAACAGACACCUUAUUGAACUGAAUCUCUCACAGACAAACCCAUGUCGAAGCGGCUUGGGCGCUCUGGCAGAAACACUGAGAUUAAACAACUCUAUACGGGUACUUAAACUAGAAGAAAACGACAUCGACCACACAGAUGCACUGGACAUCGCCAGCAUCAUCAAGUCGUGUCCUAAGCUUCAGGAAUUACACCUGGGACACAACAGACUUGGGGCAGCGGGAGGCAAAGUCAUCGCAGAGGCUCUCAUCACAAGCACCGGGCUCCGUACACUGGACCUGCAGUGGAAUCACUUGAGACGCGAGAGUGCUGUGGAGCUUAGCAAGGCUUUGGCGAAAAACAAGAGUUUGAAAUUGCUGAACGUGGCGUGGAAUGGGUUUGCCAAGGAGGGAUGUCUGGCGUUAGCCAAGGCUCUAAAGGUCAACUCGUCCCUACAAGAACUGGAUCUUACGUGCAAUAGAAUAGACUUCCAGUCUCUCAGCUUUCUGGCGCAUGGGCUGGUGCUUAACAAGGGUCUCCAUACAGUUAAGCUGGGACACAACCCCAUGACGACAGAUGGCGCUAACCAGCUGCUGAAGGCGAUGGCGGACUGUAAGGAGUCUCAACUGACAGAGCUGUCUCUGGAAGAUAUCCCUGUCGAUGCAGAUUUCAUCAACACCAUGAACACCAUCCAGGCCACCCGGAACUUCAAGGUCAUCCAUGGUCACGUGAUGAAGUUGGCCACUGGCUCUGUGUCACGUGAUCAUGACGGAACUAGCCUCACGCGGUGGGAGCCCACCCUUGUUCUGUUCGAGUACAUGAGAAUGGACAACCUUCGUUUGAUUGACAUGUUCAAGAGUUUCGACACCAAGAAGAGAGACAAGUUGUCGCGGACUAACCUCAAAGAUGGCAUUAACACGCUGAAGAUUCCCUUCACCGAGCAUAUGUUGGACGAGAUCAUGGAGAAGUUGGAUGUCAACAAGGACGGCGUCAUAGACUUGGAAGAGAUGAUGAAAGGUGCCAAAGACAUGUCCCGCUACGUCAACCAGCGAACGUUAAAGGCCAAGGCCAAGAAGCGAGAGGACAUGGGCCUUGUCACUCUCCGGCAGACGCUGAAGAAGAUCAUCAAGAAACGAAAGGAGGAUCAGGACCAGGCGGCACAGAACGCCAGCAGGGACAGACGGAAAAGCAUGAUGGAGGCAAGUGGUCUGCCAGGUCUGGCUGGCAUCGUGCGUAAAAUGCAGAUCAAGAAAGCAACGGGGAUUACUAUCCAAGAUCCCGAGGUCGCCGAGAUGAAUGACGUGGAAGGAAUGGUCAAGUUGGCCGCGAUGAAAUUCAGAAGGAAGCUCAAGAAACCUUCACAACCCGCAACUAUAUCUGAAGAGGGGGAGACACCCGAUUCUAAGGCACCGUUUGCUGUUGCCAUGACAACAGCGAUGUCAUGACGUUCAAGACAAGUUGUAGGACUGGUGACAGCAACUUGACUUUCUAGAGGAAGGUGACACUGGUGUCGUGAGGUUCAGUUUACUGGUGCAACAGUGCAACUACGAAAUGACGUUAAAUGGUUGCAGUAACAAUUAUAGCGUCAACGAUGUCUUGACGUCCCAUUGCUGCAGCGUUGACAGUGCCAUCAUGUCGGUCAAUGGUUGCUGCAACAAUACUGACAUCUAUGCAACGUUUGUUGCUGCGGCAAAGGCUAUAGCUAUGGAUGAGAACACGUAAUGGUGUCCGCGUCUGCAGCAAGGAAACAGUUGCCAUGACGCCUGAGACGCGAGACAACUAUAACAAUGCCACAGCGCUACACAUAUAAUGCCAUAAGAUGCAUUGUACAUUGUAUCAGUUAAGAUAGAAUCUCGUCGAUAGAAACUUAAUAUCUAAUAUCCAAAACCUAUCCAGGAUAGAAUAUCAUUCAUAAAUGAGUUUCCUGAUAACAGAAGCCCAGACUUACUUCAUGAUAUGUAUAAGAGCGGUGGGGUAACCUAGUGGGUAAAUCGUUCGCUCGACACGCCGAAAGCCCGGGUUCGAUUCCCAACAUCAGGACUGUGUUUGAAGCCCGUUUCUGGUGUUCCCCGUUAUGAUGAUGCUGGAAUAAUGCUACAAGCGGUGUAAACUCUACUCAUUGACUCACCGUGCGUGUUAGGAUGAAACAUCUACGUAAAAUGACAAAUUGAAUUAUAAUUAUACCCAAUGACAAAGGAUUUCCAGAAAUGGCCUCACACUCUAUUAAAACAACAGUCACCCUUAUGGAUUGCCUCUUAUUUUAUCCUGAAUGGCAAUUUUGUUUUGACGAAAUAGAAGACCGUGUUAACUUGUAAAGGUAUUUUUUAAAAAGUCGACACUGCAAACAUUCAUCAUUUAAUGCAAUAUUGGGGAGCCGUAAGUCCUAGAUCGUUAAGUCCACUGGAAUUGUCACGAACGCCUGUACUGAUUUCCUUUGUUGUCAUUACUCUAUUCUGUGUGGGUUUUUUUCAUUCAAUAUGCAUUCAAACUGGCAAAAGGUUGCACGUAAUGGAUUAUUUUCAACAAAAAUACUUUCUCUAAGGUGAUCCAUUUACACAAUCACGCUUUUUUUCACAAUCAACACCCACCUGUCCACAAUGCAUUCAUUAAUAAUUUAGUUAAGAAGGUAUAUUUAGACUAUAUCGAUAAUUACCUUAUAGUCGCAAUAACAGAAAAUCACAUGAAAACUGUUCUCAAGAAAUGGCUACAUGUACAUUUCGUAGUCUUUGAAAAUCGCGUCUACUUUGUUCCUGAAAAAAAGUGUUAUUAGUUUUAGUGAAAUUAUAAACGUUUUAUAUCGCAAAAACAUAUUGAUGAAUAUUCUUACUUGAGGCACUUCAUAUCGUUAUAAUGUUUAAUGUGAAGUUUACACGAUAAGCGGCUUUUCGGACGACAGGCCGGUCACGUGACCGCGAAACUGGCCGAAAAUGACGUUCAUACGUUUUUCACGAGACUGUAUUCUUGAAAUGGCGUAAACAUCGAGGUACUACUUUCACAUUCAUGUGAAACACCUUGCGAUUUCCUGGCACGAAUAAAUGCAGGGGCGUUGUUUCUGAUCAUUCAGAUUCUUUAAUCUUGAACUCCGUGUUUUAGAAAACAUUGGGAACAGUUUGAGAGUUUGUCGGCAUGCCAGUGCACACAUUUCCUCCCUUCGACCCAUCCUUGUGAAUAGAACGAAGAAAUGCACACCAAAACGUUCGACUCCAUCCGUGCCUAGACUGACAAGUAAUAGUCCACACCAAUCUAUGAAUUGACCUAAGUAUUUAUUUGACACAUGUUUAUAUGCACCGAUCAACGAUCGGACAGUUGAUCAAUGAUGACCAACAUUUGUAAUCGCAAAAAAUAUGUAAUAUAUGAAAUCUCUCCCGUCACGUUAUCUCCCGUGUAUUUAAAGCAAAUGUAUUACGACGUAUGUCACUAUGACCGACUUACUCAGGUAGUUCCGAACAAACUUUUCCCAUCUAUUAAUGAUAUUAUUUGGAUCUAUUUGUUGUAACCAAAUAACAAAGAUGUUACUGUGGACCAAUUUGAGCAAACACACUCAGGUCACCUCUUCUUUUGAGGAACUAUUUUAUUCCGCGACACAGAUGGUUGCUGUAUGACUGUGAGUGCAAACAUGACAAAAUGACGUCAACACCAAAACGUCGCAUGCACUAAAUUAACUUUGUGUGAGUUCACCGGAGCAUGUACUUUCAUACUCCAGCGAGGCUCAUAGAGCGAAAGUGAAUUGUGAAGUUUUUCUUUAGUACAUCUUCAGAUUUAUGGUAAUCUACUUAAUCUAGUGAUAAUCCUAAGUCUGAAGAUCAACAUCUUUCUGACUCUAAAACAAAGAGUUAGUGAGUGUGUUGGGUUUAACGCCGCUUUUAACAUUAUUCCAGUUAUAUCACGGCGUGUCAGCUUAAUGUGGGAGGAAAGCCCGAAGUGAUGCAGGUCUCAGACGUUUACCACUUCGGUGAAACCCACGAGCACGGGUACGGUGCUGACAAACCUAGAAACCCCCCUCCCUCCCCUAAAACAAAGAGAAUCCACACCUGUAAAUGUCUUAACUAUAAUACAGUCAAUAUGUUCUUGCAUUUGUUUUGUCAAUGACAUUAAUUACAUUUCAAGUAUUUUUUUAUAUCAUGUUAUAUCAGAACGAUGCCAAAUGUGGGCUUCCACCUUUUGUUAAUAGCUGUACAUAAGAUGUGUAAUAUGUUCUGUGGCCAACCUUGCACAAGUUUUAGUGUUGCCAGGGCUACCUUAUUGUGAAUAAAACUGUUCUUUUUAUGUUUUCAUAUA